AUGUGCACAACGUUUAAUAUAUUCGGACUAUACCUUACUCAUGAUAUUGAUGCGUGGGGUGUUGUCCAGCACUAUCGCAACCGUGCUACUGCAAACCCACCCGCUCCUUAUCAUGGACGGUAUCUGAUUUCGAGUUUCUUGUAUGACAUGCAAAUAGGAGGACACAUAGCUCCUCAGGUACCUCGUCAGCCUCAGCCAUCGCCGCCCAAUAUGGACGAUGAUGACAUCUUUUGUAGCACUCACAAAGACGUCGGCCUGGAUGGUGAGGACGCUUAG